AUGGCUUCGAUUCAUGGUGCGGCGAGUUCAGGAUCUGACGGACCGAUCGACGAGAGGAAGAGGAAGAGGAUGAUAUCGAAUCGCGAAUCUGCCAGACGAUCGCGGAUGAGGAAGCAGAAGCAGUUGGAGGAUCUGAGCGAUGAAGCGAACAUGUUACAAACCGAGAACAAGAGAAUUGCAGAGGAUAUAAAAUCCAAAGAAGAAGCCUUGGUUGAAUCCGAUGCCGCUAACGGCGUUCUCAGAGCGAGGACUAUGGAGUUAACGGAACGGUUACGGUUUCUUAACUCGAUUCUUGAAAUCGCGGAAGAAGUUAGUGGAUUGUCGGUUGAGAUUCCGGAGAUUCCGGAUGCGAUUCUUAAUCCGUGGCGAGUUCAUCAUCCGGUUCAACGGGUUAUGGCGUCUGCGGAUGUGUUCUUGCAUUGA